GACUUUAUAGUUCUUCAAACAAAAGCAUAUGGGACGUGUGUCACCUUCAACUGCAAGGGAGGCAAGAACGUUCAUGGUUCUCAAGACUUAAAUUCUGAAGGCUACGGGUCCAAGGAGCCUGACUUCUUCAAGAGCAUGAAACCAUCACUCGUGCUCACGACAUACGCACCGAACAAUGUGCUCCUUCUAUCGCCGGCCGAUGGCUUCAGGCUCACGGUUCACCCAAUUGAGUCCGACCCAAAUCCGCUGGGAGAAGGAUUUGACGUGAAUCUGCAAAUGGUUUCCAACGUCGUCAUCGCGAAGAUGGAGUUCGAGCGACUUCAUCCAGAGGAUGGGGGGAAUUGUGCUCUGGAUACUUUCUUGAUGCAGAGGUUCGGCACCGAGGUCUUCAACAUCACACAAAACACAAAAUACUCUAAGAAGGUGACA